AUGCAUAGGCAACGUUAUUCAUCAGCUGUCAUCAAGAAUUUUCUUGCUCACCAAACAGCGACGAAAAGGUUAUUGGCAACGAAUGAUGCGGUGACGAAAACCAAAGCUUAUUGUGAUGUUUUCAUCAACCAUAGAGGCAUUGACACCAAAAAAACUCUAGCGACAUUACUCUACGACCACCUUUCACGACGGAAGUUGAAACCAUUUUUGGACAACAAGAACAUGAAACCGGGGGAUAAACUUUUCGACCACAUUGAUAAUGCGAUAAGGAACUGUAAAGUUGGCAUCGCUGUUUUCUCGCCGAAUUAUUGCAAGUCUUACUUUUGCCUACAUGAAUUGGCUCUCUUCACGGAGUCUAAGAAGAAAGUGAUCCCAAUCUUUUGCGACGUUAAACCUUCACAAUUAAGUGUCACUGAUAAUGGGAAUGUUCCAAAAAAGGAUUUACGACGGUUCGAGUCGGCUCUUGAGGAGGCGAAGUGUACGGUUGGGCUCACUUUUGACUCUUUGGAAGGGAAUUGGUUGGAUGUGGUGAAUAGUGCUUCAGAAACUGUGAUGGAAAGCUUGAUUGAGAUGGAAAGUCAUUAA